UCCAACAACAGGAGCCUCCAAACAGUACAGGCUGCAGGAGCUGCGUCCUCUCACAUCCUCUGCCUUUAUCACCUGACAGCAGCACACACACACACACACACACACACUGCACUGGACCCACAUCUUUAACCUCGCUCUCACGUUGUGUAUCAUCAGAGGCUCGCUGUCACGAUGGAUGUCUCUCUCGUCUCUAUACCCUGUCAUUUUAUGAUGAAGCCCACAGACAAACCUUGCAUACCUAGCUCGCAAUACAUUUUGAUUUCCUCCCAUUAGCACUUUUAGAACCGAACCAAGUGGUUCUUUCAUCCAUUUUGUGGUAGAAAUUUAUUUAUACAUACACAUUUACCUCAUAAGUCACUGUCAAAGCACAAUAAAUUGGCUUGGUUUCACUCUGAUUGUUUAAAUUAAAUUAAAUUGCAAGUAAAGAUGGAUACAAGUACACUAGCAACCCUGGCAGCUGCCACUACCUUGGCUGUGGCCUCUCAGACUGACAUGUCAGGCUACUUGUGGCUGCUGGUGUUAGGCUUUGUAAUUGCCUUCAUCCUGGCUUUCUCUGUGGGGGCCAACGAUGUGGCCAACUCCUUCGGUACUGCAGUGGGCUCCGGAGUUGUCACCAUGCGCCAGGCCUGCAUCCUGGCCACUAUCUUUGAGACAGUGGGCUCAGUGCUGCUGGGGGCCAAAGUCAGCGAGACCAUCCGACAGGGGAUCAUUGACGUCCGGAUGUACAACGGCUCCGAACACGUCCUGAUGGCAGGGUCGAUAAGUGCGAUGUGUGGCUCUGCUGUGUGGCAGCUGGUUGCAUCAUUCCUAAAGCUCCCCAUUUCUGGAACCCACUGUAUUGUUGGAGCCACAAUUGGAUUCUCCAUGGUGGCCAGAGGUCACCAUGGGGUCAAAUGGAUGGAGAUUCUGCGCAUUGUGGCUUCCUGGUUCCUGUCACCUGUGCUGUCAGGCAUCAUGUCAGGAAUCCUCUUCUAUUUCGUUCGCAAAUUCAUUCUGAACAAGGCUGACCCCGUCCCCAACGGCCUCAGAGCUCUCCCUGUCUUCUACGCCAUCACCAUGGGCAUCAACCUCUUCUCCAUCAUGUUUACAGGAGCACCACUGCUGGGUUUUGACAGACUGCCAUGGUGGGGUACGCUGUGCAUUGCACUGGGCUGUGCCGUUGUCACAGCUUUGGUGGUUUGGUUGGUCGUCUGCCCACGCCUCAAGAAGAAAAUCAAACGAGAAAUAGCUCCCGCUCCCUGCGAAACUCCACUAAUGGAGAAGAACUCCAGCAAACCGGCGCCAGCAGAGCAGCCCUCACUACCUCAUGACCCUCAACCCCAGACUCCUCCAGCAGACUGUCAGAAGGUGGCUUUCAAACUCGGAGGCUCAGAAGAAGCUGAUUUGGACAACAACGACAUGGACACCAAAGACUUGGAUAUUAGCAAUGGUCUGAAUGGUACUGUUGGCCCCAUGAUGAUCACUGAUCCUCACAGUGGACGGUCCCACACAAUCCACAAAGAUUCUGGCCUUUACAAAGACCUGCUCCACAAGCUUCACAUGGCUAAGGUCGGUGACUGCAUUGGUGACAGUGAUACAGAAGAGCGGCCCAUCAGGAGGAACAACAGCUACACCUCCUACACCAUGGCCAUUUACGGCAUUCAAGGUGAUCCUAAAUACAAGGAGGUGGACGGCGGGCUGCAGAGAAGAUCGAGGGUGGACAGUUACAGCAGCUAUAGCUCAGCAGUAACCACUGGGACCAGUACGGCCCAGGACGGGAGUGUGACUCAGGAAGCUGGCCCGGUCCUCGCUGUGGAAGAGGACGAGCUGGAGGUGGACCAACCGGCCGUGUCCUUGCUUUUCCAGUUCCUGCAGAUACUCACGGCGUGCUUUGGCUCCUUUGCUCACGGAGGGAACGAUGUCAGCAAUGCGAUUGGUCCACUGGUGGCUCUCUGGCUUCUGUAUGAGAGCGGCUCCGUGGUGUCCAACUCACCAACGCCCAUUUGGUUGCUUCUUUAUGGCGGAGUGGGGAUCUGCGCAGGACUCUGGGUAUGGGGACGCAGGGUGAUGCAGACCAUGGGCAAAGACCUCACACCCAUUACACCCUCCAGUGGAUUCAGCAUUGAGCUAGCUUCAGCAAUCACAGUCGUCGUGGCAUCCAAUAUCGGUCUUCCUGUCAGCACAACGCACUGCAAGGUAGGGUCUGUGGUGGCCGUGGGUUGGCUGCGCUCCAGGAAAUCCGUCGACUGGCGUCUGUUCAGGAACAUCUUCAUCGCUUGGUUUGUCACAGUUCCUAUCUCUGGGCUGAUCAGUGCUGCCAUCAUGGCUCUUUUCAUAUAUGUUGUUCUGUGAGCCUCCCACUAUCCAGCUACACUUCACCUGACUGCCUGCCACAGUUUUUCUUUGGCUGACGGAUAAAACAUAUGGUCUCUGUUAAUGAUGUUUAUGAUAUUGUUCAAAGUCAUUUUGAGGUCAAGCCAAUGAUGUUAUCUCACCGGAAUAUGUCCAUGAAUGAUGUAGGAUCUAAUAACACUGUUCAACUAUCCAGAAGUCUGUGAUCCUGUAUGUAUAUUUGUAUAAAAGCAACAUUGUAUUAAAAAUCAAAACAUUCACUUUUGACUGAAAAAGCACAAAUAACAGUAAUAUUCUAUGUUUGCGUAUUUGGAUGUAAUAAAAUGAGGAGAUGCUUGAUUUGAAAGGAUUUCAAUGUAUUUUACUCACUAUUAAACAUUUUCCACUAAA